AUUCUUGCCACCGCGUAACCUAGUAUCGAGUAACCCGUCGGCAGUCGACCUCUAUGGUCUAGCUUUAGUAGCGGCAUACCUGUUGAACGGUGAAGUAUUAUAUAGAGGAGGAGGAUCUCUCAACCCCGGCGAGGAUCCUGCGGCUAGUAUACCCAGUCAG